AUGAGUGCCGCUCCUCAGAUAUACGGUGCUGAUGAAAUAUCUGCGAUCGUGCUAGAUCCCGGUUCCUACACCACCAAGGUUGGUUAUGCUGGUCAUGACAGCCCAUUGAUAGUGAGUCCUUCCUAUUAUGGAGAACAAAAAGGCGACGUGGACAUGGACGGAAACGGUUCAAGCGAGAAAAAAUUAAUAUUUGACGAGAAUUCAUUGUAUGCCCCGAAGGAGAACUUUGAAAUUAAGCCUAUACUGAAAAACAAUAUGAUUGAAGAUUGGGAUGGGGCUGUGGAGCAGUGGAAGUUUUUCUUUGGAAGGCUGGAUGUUAAUCCAGCCGAUCAGCCUCUUCUUAUUACAGAGUCGACUCUGAACUCAUAUUCAAACAAGGCUAAGGCCAUGGAGGUAGUGCUUGAAGAUCUACAGUUCUGUGCCUUCUCCCUAGUCAACCAGCCCACCUGUGUUUCGUUCGCGCAUGGACGCCCCAACUGUCUUGUGGUUGAUAUCGGUCAUGAUUUAGUGACAUGCACUCCUGUCGUUGAUGGGAUCUGUCUGAAAAACCAGGUGAUGGGUGUGAGAUAUGCUGGUGCAUAUUUGAACCAGGAGUUGACGCAGGUGUUGAGGAGUCGUGGAAUAGACCAUAUUGACCCAUUGUACAAAAUCAAGGCUAAGAAUCCAUCGUAUUGGUCAAAGGAAGAAUUCAAGCCUGACUGGGAGUCCAGAAAGUUUGACUAUUCCAUCAGCAAAUCGUUCGACGAUUUUCACAAUUUGAGGGUUCUACAAGAGAUGAAGGAAUCCUUGUUACAAUGCACCUCGGAGAUAGUUACCGGGCCUGACACAGAGAGUCUCACAAGCUCCUCUGCUAGAAAUUUUGAGUUACCCAAUGGAUUGAAUGUUCCAUUUAGUCAGAAAGAGAGAUGCUUGCUUGGUAAUUCCAUUUUCUCUCCUGAAAAGCCGUACACAGGUCAGGAAGAGGGGAUUGUGGAAGGCUGGGAGGAAAUCACCGAUAAUGGUAACAUCGUCAACGUGCUGGGUGGAUCCAAGGGAGAAAAGACUAGUAAAGAAUAUGUGCCAUUGCGCCGGUCCAAAAAGGGUGAAGACGAAGAAAAUGAAGACGGCGACAAAACGGAUGCCUCAAAGAAACUCGCCAAUAAGCCUAACGGUUUGACAGAGAUUGUGAAUCAAUGUCUUCUCAAUCUCGACAUAGACUUGAAGCCUCAAUUGGCGAACAACAUCAUCCUAAGUGGCUCGACAUCUCUGAUCCCUGGACUUGGUGAGAGGCUCAAUCAGGAGUUGACCGAUUUGAAUCCUGGUCUCAAAAUAAGAAUACACAGUGUUGGUAACCCAGUCGAGCGCAAGUAUGCUUCGUGGGUUGGAGGUUCUAUUCUUGCCAGUCUUGGUACAUUCCACCAACUGUGGGUCAGCAAGAAGGAAUACGAAGAAGUGGGAGCCGAAAGGUUAGUUGUUAGUAGAUUUAGAUGA